AUGUACGGCGUCGGCGGCGGUGGGGGCGGCUUCAACGCGCCCUCCACCACUGCCGGUCGGCGCCGCAACCCGGGCGACGAAGAGGAGGACGAGGAGGAGGAGGGCGGUGAGGGCCGCGUCCUGGAGGCGUGGGAGCGCGCGUACGCGGACGAACGGUCGUGGGAGUUACUGCAGGAGGAUGAGUCGGGCCUCCUCCGUCCCAUCGACACCAAGACCCUCGUCCACGCGCAGUACCGCCGGCGCCUCCUACUCCGGUCCGCCGCCGCUGCCGCUGCCCGCAUCCAAAAGGGGCUCAUCCGCUACCUCUACAUCGUCAUAGACCUCUCCCGGGCGGCUUCAGAGAUGGAUUAUCGUCCUAGUCGAAUGGCUGUUGUUGCAAAACAUGCUGAGGCUUUCAUAAGAGAAUUCUUUGACCAGAAUCCGUUGAGCCAUGUUGGCCUAGUGACAAUUAAAGAUGGUAUUGCCCAUCGACUUACAGAAAUUGGAGGGAGCCCAGAGUCACAGAUUAAAGCUUUGAUGGGGAAGCUUGAGUGUUCUGGUGAUUCAUCCCUGCAGAAUGCUCUAGAACUUGUGCAUGGUUAUUUAGAUCAAGUACCAUCAUAUGGUCACAAGGAAGUUCUAGUUUUAUACUCUGCCCUGAAUACAUUUGAUCCUGGUGAUAUCAUGGAGACGAUAACAAAAUGUAAGAAGUCAAAAAUUAGAUGCUCUGUCAUUGGCCUUGCUGCAGAGAUCUUUAUUUGCAAACAUCUAUGUGAAGAGACUGGUGGAUCCUACACUGUUGCGCUGGAUGAGUCUCAUUUCAAAGAGUUGUUACUGGAACAUGCUCCCCCACCUCCUGCGAUAGCAGAAUAUGCUGCAGCUAAUUUGAUUAAGAUGGGCUUUCCACAGAGGGGUACUGAGGAUCUUAUCUCUAUUUGCUCUUGUCACAAGAAGAUAAAGUCUGGGGCUGAAGGUUACAUAUGUCCUAGAUGCAAAGUUAAUGUGUGUGAGCUUCCAACUGAAUGUCGAACUUGUGGUCUUACGCUAGUUAGUUCUCCACAUUUGGCAAGGUCAUAUCAUCAUCUCUUCCCGGUAGCACCGUUUGAUGAGGUCACCCCUGUCCCAAAUAGAAUACAAAGGGGAGGACAGAUCUGUUUCAGCUGCCAGCAGAGCCUUUUUAACCCAGAUGGCCAAUCUAACCUCCAUGUUCGCUGCCCAAAAUGCAACCAGCACUUCUGCCUUGAUUGUGAUAUUUACAUCCACGAGAGCUUGCACAAUUGCCCUGGUUGUGAGAGCCAACGCAGCAUCACUUCAUAG